AUUUUUUAAAAAGUUUAUCUUUGUGAAAAGAUUUUGUUACGAUUACUCAAUUAAAACAGUUAUUAACGUAAUAAAAUCAUGAUACACGAUAGAAGACCGAAUCAUUAUUCAUUAACACAACAAUGUACGAAGUACGAAAGUAACAAUAACAAGUUAACAAACGAUUUAGAUGUAGACUUAUACGGAAUAAUGAAGAUACAACAAUGAAGUACAUGUUGAUUUCCUCGUCAAAGAAAAAAAAAAAAGUAGAUGUUGAUUUCAUGCACUUGUCAUUCUGUCAAGUGUCAACACUUAUAAGACUAUCACAUUUUCACUCAAAUUUUAAAAAAGUCCACCAUUAAAAUCCCUCUUAAAAUGUGAGAAGUAAAUGUAAAAACUACAGAAAUUAGGUAGAAAAAUGGCGGACUUUUAAUUUCUCAAUAAAAGCUCUCCAAAAAGAUGAUUCCUAUUUAGACAGGCAAAAAGAGAGAUACACCUACCCACCAAUACCAUUACCAUUUUUGCAGAAAUAAUACAUAGAAAAAUAUCACAAAAUCAUAAAUGUAAAAUAACAUAACAAAUAAAUAAUAAUAAAGUAUAUCUGCUUUCUACUAAACCCAGGAAUUCUCUUGUUAACAAUCACCCAAUUUGCUAAACCCGUUAAUUCUCUCUCUUAAAAUUUACUAUUUUAAUACCCCUUUUCACUGUAUUCCAAAAAUCCUCAUUUUUUCAGCACAUUCCCAUUUUCAGCUUCAAAAUCUGAAGAAAUAAAUCCAGGUUUUGGUGAUUUUUACAUGUUUUUUUCAUAUAAGAAGCAUAAAUUUUGCUAAAUUUAAUGUAUUUAUGGGAUUUUAGAAGUUGUUAUAAGCAUAAAAUUACAUAAAAUUAUUUGGGUUUUUGCUGAUUUUGGUUCUAUGGAAAUGGGGAAGAAAUUGGUGCACAUUUGUUUGUUGUUAUUGUUGAUUGAAGUUGUUUUAGUGUCUGCUGCUGGUAAAAAAGUUCAGCAAGUGAAUAUAUGGCCAAUGCCAAAAUAUUAUAGCAAUGGGAAUAAGGUACUUUAUCUUAGCAAUGAAUUUGAAUUGAGUACUGUUGGGAGCAAAUACAGUGAUAAAUCAGGGAUUUUGAAAGAUGGGUUUAUGAGAUUUAUGGAUGUUGUUACCUUGGAUCAUGUCAUUGAGGCCAAUUUUUCGCGGUUCGGCCAAUCGGCUUUCCUUAUAGGGAUCAACGUGGUAAUUCAAUCACCAAAUGAUGAGUUGCACUCUGAGGUUGAUGAAUCAUACAACUUAGCUGUUCCUGCUGCUGGGAAACCUGCUUAUGCUCGCAUUGAGGCAAACUCAGUAUAUGGGGCUUUACAUGGACUACAGACAUUCAGCCAGCUUUGUGCCUAUAGCUUCAAAACUAGGCUAAUAGAAGUUGGUAUGGUUCCAUGGACAAUUUUUGAUCAACCAAGAUUCUCUUAUAGGGGAUUGCUUAUAGAUACAUCACGACAUUAUCUACCUUUGCGUGUGAUAAAGAAAGUCAUCGAUUCCAUGACAUAUGCAAAGCUGAAUGUGCUGCAUUGGCACAUUGUAGAUUCACAAUCUUUUCCACUAGAGAUUCCUUCAUAUCCUAAGCUUUGGGAUGGUGCAUAUUCUGCAGCAGAACGAUAUACAAUGGCUGAUGCUGCCGAAAUUGUGAGAUAUGCUCAAAGGCGGGGAGUGAAUGUACUUGCUGAAAUUGAUGUUCCCGGACAUGCUGCUUCAUGGGGGAAUGGUUAUCCUUUGCUGUGGCCAUCAGCAGACUGUAAGGAGCCCCUUGAUGUGAGCAACGAAUUCACCUUCAAAGUUAUAGAUGGGAUUCUUAAAGAUUUUAGCAAGGUCUUUAAAUAUAAGUUUGUUCAUUUAGGAGGCGAUGAAGUUGAUACAGGUUGCUGGGAGUCAACUCGUCAUGUGAGUGGAUGGUUACGGACUCAUAGAAUGGUUGGCCCUCAAGCUUACCAAUACUUUGUAUUGCGAGCGCAGAAAAUUGCAUUAUCCCAUGGAUAUGAGAUUAUUAACUGGGAGGAAACCUUUAAUAAUUUUGGUGAUAAACUGGACCGAAAGACGGUAAUCCAUAAUUGGCUAGGGGGAGGUGUUGCUGAGAAGGUGACUGCAGCUGGGUUAAGGUGCAUCGUAAGCAACCAGGAAAAUUGGUAUUUGGAUCAUUUAGACACCACAUGGCAGCAGUUCUAUAUGAAUGAACCUCUAACCAAUAUCACAAAUCCCAAGCAACAAAAAUUAGUCAUUGGAGGUGAAGUUUGCAUGUGGGGUGAGCACAUUGAUGCAUCUGACAUUGAACAAACCAUAUGGCCUCGUGCUGCUGCAGCUGCAGAGCGGUUAUGGACGUCAUAUGACAAGCUAGCUAGGGAUCCAAGACAAGUAGCUAGGAGGCUAGCACACUUCAGGUGUCUGCUCAAUCAAAGAGGAAUUGCAGCUGCUCCAGGUGAUGGCCUUGGCAGGAUUGCUCCUGGUGGACCAGGUUCAUGCUAUGCUCAAUGAGGAAACUAAGAACACAUUGUCGUCAUCAAGUAUUGUGACUAUAAUAAAUCAAUAGAGAUUUCGUGUGCAUAAUUCUCCAUCAGAAUAUACAUAUUUCUAUUUACCAGAAACUAGAUAUCAUGACUUAUCUUAGUCUUGUUCCUAGCACUGGCAAUAUCCAAUUACUAAUUAUGUAACUGCUACAGCACUACAUUCAGAUUUAUAUUAGAACCAUGAUAUUCUCAAUUUUGUGCCAAAA